UGUUCUCACCAGCCUGGGUGCAAACACAAUGCUCAGAAGCUGGGGCAGCUACCUUGAAACUCAGAGAUGAAAGCCACAUGUUAAGCAUGGCAGAGAUGUUGUAACAACUACCCACCUUUGAACUACUAUCAAGUUCUAGGCGACCUACUUCCGGGAGUGCAGAGAAGAGCUGGGAAAUGUCAGCAACAACACACUCAGAGGAAAAGGGAUUGCCCUUUCCUGAGAGACUGCCAUGGUUUUUCAUGAUGCCAUCCAUUCAUCAUUGUGAGCUGACCGGCCAACCCAGGCUUGGCCAGCUGCUCAAGAUCGGAAGGGGAGAGAGACCCCAGGACAAAUGUGUAAAAGGCCCCUGAGCACGAGCAGACAUGUUGACAUCAAUUCCACAUAGAAAGACUUGGAAAUCAAAGAAGACAGUAAAAGCCACAAAGUCUUAUCCAACCUUCCCUUCCCUGAAUGCCUGGGAAGAAUUCAGGGGCCUCCUGCCUGUGGAUGCGGAACCAAACUCCGGAGUGGGUCUAGGUGUGGAGAAGGGACUGCUCUGCCAGAUGGUUCAUUCUCCAGAAUUCAACCUAUUUCCUGACUCAGUGGUGUUUGAAAGCAACUUUGUCCAGGUCAAGAGGGGCAGAAACUGGAUAAAGAUCUACAAAGCCUCCAACACCAUGGCCCUUGGGGUGACCUCCUCCGUGCCCUGCCUACCCCUUCCCAACAUCCUCCUCAUGGCCAGAGUCAGAUGGCAUCAGGGGCAGAGCCAGACAUGGAAGAGACCAGCUAUAGCUCCAAACAUCAUCCUGAAGAGGAUUCUCCCAUUGAAGUUUGUGGAGCUCCAGGUCUGUGACCACCUCCAACGUAUCCUGCGGUUGAGGACAGUCACUGAGAAGAUCUACUUCCUAAAGCUCCACCCAGACCACCCUCAGACUGUCUUCCACUUCUGGAUCAGACUGGUGCAAAUUCUGAAGGAGGGCCUAUCCAUCACCACCAAGGAUCCUAGGAUUCUUGUCACCCACUGCCUGGUACCCAAGAACAACUGCAGCUUGUCUGAAGACUCUAAGCUGGUGAAGAAGAAACUCCAAGCCUCCCAACGCAGCGAGAGCCUCAUGCAGCUGAUGGCCAAGGGGGAGAGUGAGGCCCUCUCUCAGAUCUUUGACGACCUGCACCAGCAGAAACGCUUCAGGAGCAACAAAAAGAUGAAGAUGAACAAGGCCUGCUCAGAUCCUCCCUGGAGAGAUGACGUUCCUUGUACCCAUGACUUCAGCUGGAGAGAGUCACUCGCUUAUGGAGAGUGGGAAAGAGAAAACCCCUCCGUGCCGCAGCCCCUGUCACUGCUCAGCACUCUGGCGGCCUCCACCAGGCCAAGGCUGGCGCUACCCGUAGGCACAGAAAGAUGAGUUCUCAAGACAGCCGAGACGGAGACGGAGAAAGGAAAGCAAGGGAAACAAGACUGGAAGAGGCAGAAGACAGCAAAAUGAAGGUGGCAGGAGGGAGUCAGAGAAGAGGACAUACAAAAGGAAGUGGUAAUAGAAGGAAGCAGAGACUUGGGAGAAGAAGUACAUCCCUGAGGGAUGCUUCACCAAGGUUCUGUUUAUCUAAUUUAACACUUGAAAGU